AUGGCCGACUACCCGCCCGAGCAGGAGGAGCAGCUUGAGGCUUCGUCGCCGCCUCCGGUUUUUACCCAACCAUAUACCAUCAGUCUGGAUUUCGCGCGACAGAUUCAGCGAGGCCUCCACGAUGAUGUACACCGGACGGUUGAAAGCCAGGCUGACCGAGUGAUCGAGGAGCUUCAGAAGACAAUGGUCGACAUGAAGGAGGCUAUUGUAGAGGACUUGGAGCAGAGGAACGCGGAACAAGUGCACGAACAACUGAACGAAAUGUACGGAGAUCACAUCAAAAAGCACUUCGGUCGCGUAGAGAACAAGCAGGCGACCAUGCAUGACCUGCAGACGGCCAGCCACAACGAAGUCCUCCAGGCCCACAGGCAUUCUGCUUCCGCCGCUCGUGGAGUUGACCGACUCCUCCAGCAAAAGGAAGAUUCUCCAUGGGUGCCGGUCAUUGCCAUCGGCUUGCUCAUCGCCUUUCUGAUCGCCUUGCUCGUCGUCUUGGUCAUCGUCGCGCUCAUGGCCAUGAUGCUUGGGGUGCGGGUCGGCCCGAUCCCGGACACAGUCCGUGGACUGCUCCCCUAG